AUGCAUACUCCCACCAUCCUCUCGCUGCUCCUCGCCGCCACCACUACCUCUGCACAAAACCGACCACCAGUCCGACCCCCCUUCCCCAACAUCACAGACCUCCCCACCCGCUAUGGCCUCGUCCUAUUCCCCCAAUUCCAAGCCCUCGACGUCUUCGGGCCCAUGGACGUCCUCAACACAAUCGACAUGCACUUCAGCAACUACACCAACAUGAACCUCACCAUCUUGGCCAAGACACUAGACCCCGUCACAACAGCACGACAAGGACCCCAAGGAACCAUUGGCCGCUUUGGCGAGAGCAUCGUCCCUACUACCACUUUCUCCGACUACCUGGCCAGAAAUUCGAGCGCCGACGGCAUCGAGGUCUUGCUCGUGCCUGGUGGUUUGGGCACGCGACGUGAUGUGACCGAGGAGAUCAACUUUGUCAGGGCGGUUUAUCCAAAUGUAUCUCCGCUACAUCCUCUCCGUCUGCACCGGCGCCACGGUCCUCGCCCGCGCCGGCGUCCUCGACGGCCGCCGCGCAACCACUAA